CAACAGUUGAAACGGCAGUUAAAGCACGAGCAUGGAAACGACUACUCAUACAAUUCGGUUGGCAGCACAUAUUUUAGCCAAUUACCAGUGCUAGCUGCGGUACACUUAGCAAGUUUAGUUUACAAUACGAGCUCUUGGACUAAUGUUCAUGGGUGAUGCAUACCGGGCCAAUUUUAGUGAACGGUUUAAUAGCAGAUGGUCAAUUUGAAAAUAAAAAUCCAAAAAAAGUAAAAAACAAGUAAUGAUUAAUGAAAAGUAAAUUAAAGUAAUUAGAAUAAUCACUAGCAUUACAUAAUUAAAGUGGGCAAUGAUUUAAACAAAACACACAAAGAAAGAGUGCAAAUGGAAUAUAAGUAGUAAAAAGUAUGCUAACAUAAUACAAAAAAAAAAGAACAAUGCUCCAAAAGCGAAUUUUAGUGAAGUGCGGUAAGCGUUGACGCGCCCAUUUGGGAGUGUGGUGCGGAGCAGAUAAGUGUAACGUAGUGCACUCAGUGAGCUAUUUCGGCGUUUGGCGCCCACAAAAUUGGCUUGCAUUUUUGUUGUAACUGUUUUAACAUUUUACCCGCGGCCUGCGAAAUAAAACUAACAAAAAUACUAAUAUAUUUGUACAUAUGUAUGUGUGUGUGUAUCAAUGUGAGUCUUUCUAUAUGCUUGGCUUAGGCGACGACAGCGACGCGCCCGACAAGAUUUAAGAGUUGGCAGUGGCUCAGCAUCUGGGCUUUGGCUUGUUUGAUUCCCUUCGUCUAUUCUUUGCUUACAUUUUGCUGUUGUUGUCUUUUCCGCAACUGGCUUUCAAGAGCUGGCUAUCAGCGGUGGUGGCAGCAGCGCAUUUGCAACCGUUGUGGCCGUGUGUGCCACUUUUGUUUGUGUCUCUCCGUUUGCAUCUCUGUUUAUAGUGCGCGUCCAACUUACUGUAAAUUGCAAAACAGUGACAUACAACACAAGAAAAUCGAGAAAAAAUAUAGCUAAGCUAAACAAAGCGCAAAAUUAUUGCUAACGUGCAACGUGCGUGCGUGUGUGUUUGUGGCAACUAGAUUAGUCAGCUGUAUAUAGAUUAUUACGCUAACUAAGUGGUAUUAACUUAAUUAAAAAUAAGAAAUUUAAGAUACAAAAUAUUACAUAAUACUUAAUAUUCUGAUAACAGAUAUAAUUUACUCAACAUAAAACCACAACAAUAAUAACAAAGCUAAUGAAUCCUAAUCAUGAACUGAAAGUGUUGAUUUUUGAAUAAAAAGAAAAUAAUAAUAAUAAUGAAUAAAAAAAAUUAAAGAAAUACAAAAAUUUAUUAAACAUUUUGAAAAACUACAGGUAAAAGAGAAAAUACAAAAACAAAAAAAAAAAUAAUAAUAAUAAAAUUAUAUAAAUACAGUAGCAACCAAUAGGAUUUUGAAAAUAUAAUGGAAAAAUUCAUCAUUCGAUUAAAAUAUAAGUGUCAAUUUCCUCCAAAAAGAUCUGAACAAUUUUGGAAACACAAAAGCGUGAACGUGCUGCAUAAUUAAUAUUCAAAGUAAGCCUGAAAACUAAGUUCAACACUAUUUGCAUAUUGUGUGUGCAUAAAUAAACAUUUGUCUGGUUGCUUUGAAAGUUUUCCCUGCAACAUCUCAUUUAUUCUCCAAACGCCAAGUGGUUGAUUUCUUAUUCUUGUGUUAAAAACUUUUAGAACGUACAAAUACAGUUGGCAGCGUAUAAAUAGGCAUUAGGUGCGCGUAGCUGCUUCAUUCAGUGAGAUUUAAUGGAUUUAUUGUAAAGCCGCAUAAAAAAUUACCGAUUUUGUCAACUCAUGCGCGUUCUAAAAACAAGAUAAGUGAAAAGUGCAUUGCAGCAUUUAAAUAAUAUGAAACCAGCUGUUUCACUAAUGGAGAAACCUUUUUCAAAUCACAUUGCAAGAAAAACUAUGAAAAGUUAGACAACUUUCAUGAAAAUAUGAAAUUAGCUAAAACAGCUAAGCACCGAGUUUGUAAAAUGUAAAAAGUUUCAACAUGGCUUAGAGCAGCAAAGAUUUGAAGCUGAAAGCUCAUCAACUCAUGUCAAUCACGCAGCCAAUAUUUGCGUAGCGCUACUCCACAUAUACACCCACAAGCGACGAAUUUCCGCGAACAACCAAUCAACGGCUGACAAAGCAACAAAGUAAAGUUAAAUAAAGCACGCGCCUAAAUGUAUGCAACGCAACGUGCAACGCAACUUGCUAAAACUAUAACAAUGGCAUGCAGCGUGCAGAAGCAACCCACUCAACCGCAACACACAACCGCAUCAGCAACUGUAACGGCAGCCGCCGCGAUACCACCCACGAUGGCUGUGACUGCAAUGGCAACCGCCAACAAUAACAAUAACAGUAGCAAUACGAACAACAUAGCCAGCCAAAUGGGAGGCGGUGGUAGCAACAGCGGCAGCAAUAGCAGCAUGAGUGGCGGCGGUGUUGGCAUUCUGGCCGCAGCUAUCAGUGACGCGACCAGCAAACCGCUAACACCAAAACCACGGGGCUCAUUACCGAAUGACGCAAAUCAACCGCCACAGGUGGAAUUCCACUGGCCACCCAUACCGGUGAGCACGCACACUAGCAAUCUGCGCUUGAAUAUGAUGAAUCAGAAUCCGAAGGACCUGCACACGGCGCGACUCAUGAUCGAGGAGUUGCGUACGAAGGUGCGCUAUCAAGCGGAGCACAUAAUGAAAUGGCGGAAAGCAUAUGCGCUACAGAUACAGCAGCACUACCGCUACCAGAAGGAGAAGUCGGAUCAGAUGAGCACGCUGACCUCACAACUUCUCCUGUUGGAGUCGCGUUUGAAGCGUAAACAAAAGCAGAUUGCGAGCCUGCUCAGCCAUCGCGAGAUCACCAUACAGCGACAACAGAAGAUUAUCGAUACGUUGUCGAAUCGACUCUCCGAUCAUGGCUUGGAUGCUAUCGAGGCGAACUUUACCACGGAGCUGGAUUCACUUAAUGACUCCGACUCGGCGGUGGUGCUGGAAGAUAUCGACUCAGAUAGCAGUAAUAUGCCAUUUGGCGCUAGGCGACGCAGCAGCGGCGGUGGUUCAGGUGGUGGCUUCGGCUCUAAUGCAGCACAGUGUGGUAGCGAUGGUAUAACCAUAGUGCGCUCCAUCUCCGAUGCCAUCGAGACGAAUUUGAAUAAGUACAGUGGCGUGCGGCGCAACAAUUGCUUUCUACGACGCCCAGAAAUAUUGGAGACUGUCUACUCGGUGGAGGAGGAUCCAGAACCAACCUCUGAUGUAGCAGAGAAACGUGAUAAAUUCCGUACUCGCUCCGAAAAGGCGCUGAGUUCAAGCUCAACGGAGGGCCAAAUAGAUAGCAACUCUUCCCAUGCACCGACGCACGCACCUUCGACACAUCCCACAUUACAUCAAACUAACGGCACUGAAGUGGAGCGUACCAAAGAGAACAUACGCAUCACACCACCAUCACCGCAACGACAACUCAGCAUUUCUAAACCGCUAGAGUCACCGACGAAGGACGGCUACACGGCAUACAGUGUCAUGGUGCCGCAGCUGCGCACCACGGCUGCCACACCGACUACCGAAAGGGUCAACGCUUUGGCGGGUGCUGAUGUUGAUGGCAGUUCGACUGGCGUUAAAUCGCAGGUAACGAACUACAAUCGCGUCAUGUCCAACCAUCGCUCGGUGACCAAACCCAAAGAUGUUAAAUAUAAACGUAUCAACAAGGCCAAGUCGAAGAGUCUGGAAGAAUUACGUGGCCGCCUCAAAAAUCUUGUGGAGCGUGGUGGCAGUACCGGCAAUGGACUCGAUGCACAUGGCGCCAGUGGUGUUGGCGUUUCUCCCUACACACACGGUCUUAUGCCACAGACCGCACAGUCAUACGCGUGACAAUGGCCAUCAUUUGGUGGUUCCACCGCUACGCUCGCCGUUAUUGCAGCUACGGCGCCGAUUGCUUCCUUUGAUGCCGACAUGGACGACUAUGCAGUAGAAGAAGAAGAAGAGUGCGAUUGCAUGAAAAUGGUGGCGCAACCACAGCAGGAAAUCCCAGCGCCUACUACCGGCACAGUGGCGGAACCUACAGAAAUCGACUGCAAGCUGAGCACUUCCGAAGAGCAAUUGCGUUCGCAACCAUUUUCGCCACUCAAGCAUUGCAUACCCAAACGUUCGUUGACUUUGCCCCGCAUACUCGUGCCGCAAAGCGCAUUCGGCUCAAGCGGAGGUGGUGCGGCUGGCUCGGGCCGCAGUGGCGGCGGGCGUAGCGGUUUCUAGCAGAUAAAGAAAUUUUUCAUACGUAAUUGUGAUAAAAAGUGAACAAGCCGAACUUCGCUCUAUUCCUCUCAGCACUCAGCUCUCUCCUCGACAUUGGCACUGAUUUAUUUUUUGUACUCACUUUAUAAUUAGCUUUUCAAUCAUUUGACUUUUGUAACAUAUGUUUCCUGAUUUUUCAACUACACUAACUAGUUUUUAGCGUAUAUUUACUGUGUUAUUCUUAAGUUUGCAUUUAUUUUGCUAGUUAAGCUGCAAGCGCAUUUAUUCAACGACAACUGCAUACAUAUAUACUUAUUUUGCUGCAGAUCUAGAGAAUUCCAGUGAUCUUUAUGCAUGUAUUUUUAAUUAGUUUAUGCUAGAAAUAUUUUAAUUUUUUAAUAAAUUUAAUAUUUUAAAAAUAUAAAAUUUCGUUUUUCUUUUUUGUAUUAUUUUGUUUAUUAGAAUCGGCUGUUUGGCAACGCUAUAGCGUUACAAUUGUGUGUGAAAAAUUUCGCAUACAAUUUUUUCAACUUCAAAUUCGUGCUUGUCAAAAUUGUGCAAACAUCAUAAAUGCUUCAAGAUAAGACGCAUCGUCAUUAAUAUGUAAGUUUUUAUUAUAUGACAACU